GUACCCCUGUUGCACACAAAGCGGCGAGUUUAGGAGUGUAGUGUCUGUGUGUGUCAAUACAACUUUUUAUUAGUGUAAACAGUAAAUUAAAUAAAUGAUAUUUCAUUAAUUUGAAUUUUAAAAACCACUAACCUGCAAUUUAUUAUUUUCCUUUUGAUAGAAAAAUAUUAUUAACAAACAAUAGUUGUUUAUUGUUAUGUGAUUUAUAGGUUAAAUUGUAAUUAGCGGUAACACUUCCAUUAACUUUAAGCGGGUCUUUUUUAAAAAUUUUCGCUGAAGUUUAGUGUCAAUUUGAAGAUUAUAUAUGUAUAUGUUAUAAUAUACUAUUUAAAGUUGAAUAAUAUAAUUUUAUAAACUCGUUAUUUAAUAUUAAUCAAGACUUACCAUGUCGGGUUAUGAUAGUCCAUUAGAGGAAGAUGAAGAGGAGACUUUAGUUUAUGUUGAAUUUGAAGGUCUUUCUGGACCAGAUACUUUUUGCAAUGAAAACCUUCAAUUAGACAUGAUUGGAUUAGAUACAGAACAUCCUCUAAUCAAAGUAAAUGACAAGUAUUAUGAAGGAACAUAUGAAGAUGCUGUUGGAACAUAUAUGUUCUUUGAAAAUGAUGAUAAUCCAAAGUUUGAAGAUCCAAUAUUUGAUACUGUACCGACCUUUAAAUUUUUCACUAAAACUAAUAAAAUAUUAAAAAUGAAAAGAGUCUUUGUCAAACCCAAACUUCAAUUUCUUGAUGACUCUAAUUCAAUUCCAAACUUAGAAGCUAUUAAAGAGGCUGGAGUUCCUCUGCAUUAUCAAGAAAAUGCUUUGAAAGUAUGGGAAACAAUGAGAGAAAAUCGUCGAGAAGCUUUUAAUAAAUACUUAGAAAAACAAAGACAGAAGAAGGAAAAACGACAACAAGGAAUUGAACUAAAUUCCGAGUCUGAUGAAGAAAUUGAUGAUGAUGACCCGUUUGAAAUUUACAAUUCUGAUGAACAAAAUGAUGAUUCUGCAAUGCAAUCUACAGAAAUUCAAGUUCAAGAUAAUUUAAACAAUAUUGAAAAUAAUUCUAAUUCAUUAACAGUCAUUGAUCCAGGUCCAUCGACAUCGAAGGAUAGUAUUCCUUGGGUUAGUCCCACUACAAAUAUUACUACCAUGAUUUCUACUGUAACCAGUACUAGUACUGCAACUACAACUACAGCUUCAACUUCAACUUCAACCCCUACUGAUACUGUAGAAGACAAUGAGUCACGUGAAUUUAAUCACAAGCCAAUAGAAAUUAAAAAUCAAGGUUUCAUUAAAGUUUUGCAAAGGAGGAAACCAAAAAGCGAAACCCAACCUACUAAAAAAUCUAAACAAAAACGAAAAGGGAAAGGAAAACAAAAAGGAAAAGUUUCAACAACUUGUGAUAAAUUAUCAAACAUGAAUAUUGAUGAAGAAAAUAGUGAAAGUGUAGAAGUUAGUGUAGAUGAACAUAAUAAAGACACAACAAAUUAGCACCAAAGGAAUGAUUAAUUUUAAAAAGCAUUGAAGAAUUAAGACAAUAAAGUGAUACUGUAAAGAAGUAAUUGGUAUUUCUUAUUUAUAUAUAAAAAUUUUAUAACAACAUUUUAUACAUAUUAUUUUGUAAGUUAAAGAAGCAUUUAAGAUUCAUUUGUAAGAAAACAUUUGUUACAGAAAUUAUUUUGAUAAUUAACUAUUAUUUGACAAUAAUAAAU